AUGGCGGCGACGCUGGCGAGGAGGGCGGGGCGCUCCGCGGCGGCGGCGCUAUGGGGCGCGGCGAGGGGCUUCGCGUCGGUGGGGUCCGACAUCGUCUCAGCCGCGCCCGGCGUAUCGCUGCAGAAAGCGCGGUCCUGGGACGAGGGCGUCGCCACCAAGUUCUCCACCACGCCUCUCAAAGACAUCUUCUACGGGAAGAAGGUGGUCAUCUUCGGCUUGCCCGGUGCAUAUACAGGGGUUUGUUCACAAGCGCAUGUUCCUAGUUACAAGAACAAUAUUGACAAGUUGAAAGCAAAAGGGAUCGACUCUGUUAUCUGUGUAGCUGUGAAUGAUCCGUAUGUCCUGAAUGGAUGGGCAGAAAAGCUAGAGGCUAAAGAUGCAAUUGAGUUCUACGGUGACUUUGAUGGGAGUUUCCACAAAAGCUUGGAUUUGGAGAUAGACCUUUCUACUGCUUUGCUAGGCCGCCCGCUCUCACAGGUUAAUGGACUCAACUUGCAGUCAUUCUUAAACUUGUGCCCUUAUAUUACAGUUGAAGAAUGGUGGUCUGCUUUUGUUGACAAUGGUAAGAUCAAGGCUUUCAAUGUUGAGGAAGCACCAUCCGACUUCAAGGUUUCUGGUGCAGAGGUGAUCCUGGACCAGAUCUGA